CAGGAAGACCAAAUUCACUAUGAAAAUUUCUUUUACUACUGCUAUAUGUUUCUUUAUUACUACUGUUAACUAUGCUGUUGCGCAAGAAGUAAAGGCUAAAUACGACGCAUCAUGUAGCUAUUUACAAAACAAAAUUUACUGUUUUGGAGGUGCAACUAGUACAGAGAAAAAAAUUUCAGAUCCAAGUAUGAUAAUGUUGGAUAUUUUUAAUAGUAGUAAGAGUACGGCAGACCAACUGAAAGAUAGAUGGGAGACAAUCACUACCAAUACAGCUGGCAUAGAUCUUAGGGCAAGGGAUGGUCCUCAAACUGUUCAAUUGCCAGACGGAAAAACUAUGCUGAUGAGUGGUGGUUGGAGUUCCGGAACCCAAAAAUUACCUGCACAGACAAUAGCUUUUAAUGCAGAAAACAGAUCCUGGGUAUCGUAUCCAGAUUAUACCGAAGCACCAUAUGGUGUCAGACAGAUUUACCAUGCUCCUUCGGCAUAUGUUCCCGAAUACGGAAUUGCAUUUUAUGGUGGCCUGGAAAAUCAUUUCAAUAGUACUUAUACCCUUCCAGGUAUAAACGUUACUGAAUAUGAAGAAACUGAAGAUGACCGCAGAAACAUUGGAUAUACCAGUUUGACGUUUUUGGACAUAAGAAAACCAUCAAAUCCAUGGUCAAUUUAUCCUACCCAGGCUAAUCUUCCAGCUGUUUUUGGAAGAUACCAAACAUCAAUUUAUGACGCAAAAAGUAAUCGGAUCUUUUAUUUUGGUGGAAGAUACAACACCCCUCCAAGCACCAACACCGUCUAUUAUACUUUUGCAAACUCUGUUACAUUCGAUUUAACAAAGGGAGAAUGGGGCACGCAAGAAUUUACUGGAACAGGGCCCACUUCAAGAAUAGGCCACUCUACUACAUUAAUUGGUUCUAAUAAAAGAGACGUCUUGGUCUACGGAGGUCAUCAGACAUCAUUAAACAACGGAAAACCCCUUCUUGAUUAUUGUUUCACUGUAAAUCUCGACACUAACCAAUGGACGCAGCAAAUAAUAGAAGCCCCAAAUAAUCCGAUUUUAAUUAGAACUCAGCAUUCAGCUGUACCGGUAAACAACGAUACAGUUUUUAUUGUUUUCGGAACAGAUGCCACCGAUUCCCCUACCAUUUCAUUAGUAAUGCUUAAUGUAACAAAUCCUUCAAAGAUUACUUGGCUUGAAGCUUAUGCUGAUCUCAACGCCCCAGUUAUUACGUCACCAAACUCGAGCUCUACUCCCCCUAGAGAAUCAGAUGUGCCCGAGAAAAAGGCUUCGUUAAGUACGGGAGCUAUCGCUGGUAUCUCUGUUGGAGCAGCUGUAAUUGCAAUUGGUAUCGCUUCUAUUUUCUUUUGCUUAUCCAGAAAAAGAAAAACCGAAAACCAAAAACUUAAAACUGAAGAACUUGAAAGACAAAAUAAAGACGAACGUACUGAAGAACCUGUUAUGGAAGUUAAUUGGGACGAAAUCGACAAGAAAUAUGUGGAAGUUCCAACCGGUCCUCCUGUUGGGCGUUAUAGCUACUCUCCUCAAUUGACUAAUGAUUUUAGUACCACUGUUUAUGAUAAUGACUUAGAAGCCUAUAAACGUAUUCCUGCAGCCGGAAAAAGCAUUGUUGGAAUGCAAUCACCCCACACUUUUGACAAUGAUCUCUCGACCCGCUCAAAUGAAACUCAAUCAUUACAGAAGCCUGAUGGUGGUCUGUAAUUUGUGCUUUAUUUACAUAUUAUACAAUUUAAGUUUCUGGAUCAUUUUGAAUUAUAUUGACACUUGAAUCAUUAUUCAUAAUCAUAUAUUUCUAUUUUUUUCUGGGGUUUUGAUAAUAAAAAAUUAUUAAUUAAAACCAAACAUUAA